GAAAAACCCAAACUUGAACAGCAACCGGGCAACUAGCCGCGGAUUUCUGUGCGCGCUGCUGAUAGAAAAGGAACUCGGAAAUGAGAAAUGAUCCGAGCUCGAAACCCGAAAGUCUAAACUGAAUCCCCAGAUACAUACACUCCAAACCUCGUCUCUCCUUCAUAUCCUUCUCCCCAGUCGAUUGAGUUUAAAUAUACGAAUGGGAGAUUUUUCGGGUUGUGAUUUGAUAAGCAAUUUGCCUCAAAGCAUAAUAGAGAGCAUUCUUACGCGUCUCCCGAUCAGAGACGCUGUAAGAACUAGCUGCUUAUCAAGGAAGUGGAGAUACAAAUGGACUACUAUCACUCAUCUUUCAUUUGACGAAAAAUGUGUCACUAUAUCAAAUGACCGAGCUCUUGUUGAGAAAAGCCUCAUAGAUUUUGUUACUCGAGCUCUCUUUCUUCACCAAGGACCCAUUCACAAGUUCCAGCUUUCAACUUCUUAUUUGCAGAGCUGCCCGGAUAUUGAUCAAUGGAUACUUUUCCUUUCGAGGAACGAUAUCAAAGAGUUGGUUCUUGAGUUGGGUGAAGGUGAGUGGUUUAGGGUGCCUUCGUGCCUUUUUUACUGUAAAAAGUUGACCCGUCUGGAGCUAUUUCGCUGUGAGUUGGAUCCGCCUCCUUCUUUUAAAGGAUUUUUGUGUUUGAAGAGCCUCGAUCUUCAUCAGGUUUUGGUUACUCCUGAUGCAAUCGAAAGUCUUAUUUCCAGUUGCCCUCUACUUGAGAGUCUGGCUUUGUCGUACUUCGAUAGCUUAGCUCUAAACAUCCGUGCUCCAAAUCUCAGAUAUUUGUGUCUUGAAGGCGAAUUUAAGGAUAUCUGUCUUGAAAAUACUCCGCUUUUGGUUGCCAUGUCUGUUGCUAUGUAUAUGACUGACGGCAUUGCUGAGCACUUUGAGCAAAGUUCAAAUUGCAAUUUUAUCAAGUUUCUUGGUGGCAUUCCACUUCUUGAGAGGCUUGUUGGGCAUAUCUACUUUACGAAGUAUUUGAGUGUAGGUAAUGACCUAGGAAUUCUUCCGAUUACUUACAAUCGUUUAAAGAUUAUCGAAUUAUAUCAAGUAAGUUUCGAAGAUAUGAAUGAGAUACUAGUUGUUCUUCGCUUGAUUUCGAGCGCUCCCAACUUAAAGGAACUUCAAAUCUCGGGAUCUUCAAAUGCUUUAGCAGCAAUAGAAGCGUCCGACUUGGAUUUCUGGGAGAAACAAUGCCCUUCUGACUGCACAUUCCGAAGGCUUAAAGUUGUGAAGAUGACAGAUAUGUCUGGAGUGCCACAUGAGAUGGAAUUCAUCAAAUUUUUGUUGAAGAAAUCGCCCGUGCUUGAGAUGAUGAGCGUCAUGCCUUGCGCGUAUGGUUUGGAAGGACGGAUGAACUUGUUGAUUGAGUUGGUGAGGUUUAAACGGGCAUCUCCUGAAGCAGAAAUUAUCUUCAUCCAAGAUUAGUUUGGAGUCAAUUUGUUUGUUUGAGAGAGCUGGCCCGUUCAAUUGUGUUCUUGACAAAUGACAAUUUAUUGAUAUUUUUGUCUACAAAAUUGGAUGAUCAAAUGGAAAAUUUUACAGGGAUUCCCUUAGAAUUGAAGGCACUGCCGCCAACUGCCGUGGUUGGUAAGAUGCAGCAAAUACCAAACAGAUAAAGGAACUUUAACAAAAAGUUCCCGGUACUGUUCACUUUAGCAGAGAUUCCCAAACACACCUAGACCAAUUGGCAUACCAGCUCCGAACAGAGUUGAGACUUAAUUUUUCAGUCAAAUAUGGAACUACAAUUAGUUCAAUGACGCUCGGUUGGAUGGAGUCUCUCUUUAUGGGCAGAAUAUUUAUGGGCAGUUCACAAGAGGGUGUGGAAUUACUUGAACUCCAUGUUGCGGGCGAAGCGUGAGGAACUGAAAGGGAGAGUGGACAUAAGCAGGGGGAAAUAGUGAAGCUGUAGCGUUGUAAAAUCAUCGACAGAACAAUCUUCACUUCAGUGGUUGCAAAGUUCAUGCCUGCGCAAAUCAAGGUCCCGUUGCAAACGGUAAGAAUGCUGCUAUGCUAUUGUUAGUAGCUUUAGCAACUCCUUGCACAAAGCGGUCGGGUUUGAAAAGUUGCACGUCUUGCCCCCAAAAUUCAGGCUCAUGUUGGAUUGCUAGAGUUGGGAAGACCACUUCAACAUUGGCAGGAACAAUGAGCUUUUCCAAUCGAACCUCCCUAUCGACUUUCCUCUCGAUGGAAACAACCGGAGUAUAUAAUCUUAGAGACUCGUUGAUGAUCGUACUUACUGUUUUUAGUUUGGCAAUGCCACCAGGAUUCGGAUUUUGUCUGCCAAAUAAUUCAAGUACCUCCGUUCUUGCUUC